AUGGCCAGCGUCUCCAGGGACAACCGGCUCCUCUCGCCCCACCUCCCGACGACCUCCGUGUUUUCGUCCGGCUUGAAAUCGAAGCGCCGGCCAGAAACCAGAUCGGCGAUGCCAUUCGGACCUAUAUCGCCAGCAAACCUGGCAUUGACCUUGGCCGGAUCCCGCCGGCGACUCUGGUCAAUACUGGAUGGGCGAUCCGCCCGGCUGACUCAACCACCCGUGAACUCCUGA